UGACGGUCUCCUCUCACUUUGAAGCGGUGUCAACAAACAACAACAACAAUAAUUUCGACAUAGCUACGCCGCUUUAGCAGCCACAUUUCCAAGAGCGCCAUUACUGCCGAGUCAAACCGAGAAGACGGAUAAUUUCACCCAUUUUAACUCUAAAGACUCCACAUUUCUUCUUUUUUUUGUCGUCAUAUUUGACUCCUCACUGGGUAACAGCUGCCCCGGGACACUGAGCUCGGCUGCAUCCCGGGUGCGGCCAACCUUACUGAAGCUAACCCUCCUGGAAGCUUCCAGAAAAAGUGACUCCAACGGUGUCUCCCUUUGCUACAAACUCGGCGGCGAAGUAGCAGCCUCCCCGUUAGGAGGAGGUAUCUGCAGUCUCUGGGGUGGUGGAGGUAUGACUGCGUUGGCGGGGUCAAUACCCAGGAUGAUGCGACCCACGCUGGCUCAGAACUACCCCCGAAGUGGCUUCCCUCUGGAAGUGUCUACCCCGUUGGGUCAAGGCCGAGUAAACCAGCUUGGAGGAGUUUUCAUAAAUGGCAGACCUUUGCCCAACCACAUCCGACAUAAAAUCGUGGAGAUGGCCCACCACGGCAUCAGGCCGUGCGUCAUCUCCCGGCAGCUGCGCGUCUCCCACGGCUGCGUGUCCAAGAUCCUGUGCCGGUACCAGGAGACGGGCUCCAUCAGACCGGGGGCCAUCGGUGGAAGCAAACCCAAGCAGGGGACAACGCCGGACGUAGAGAGGAGAAUAGAAGAAUACAAGCGGGAAAACCCGGGUAUGUUUAGCUGGGAGAUUCGGGAUAAAUUACUGAAGGAUGGGAUAUGUGACCGCAACAACGUCCCCACAGUAAGCUCCAUCAGUCGCAUCAUGCGGAGUAAAUUCGGCGGCAAAGGCGAUGAUGACGACGAUGAAGAUGAGAUGGACAAGAAAGAGUUGGAGGAGUGCGACCGGAGGGCCAAACACAGCAUUGAAGGCAUCUUAGGAGACAGAUCGAGUCACUCCGAUGAGGGUUCAGACGUGGAGUCGGAGCCCGAUCUGCCCCUUAAGAGGAAGCAGCGUCGCAGUCGUACCACCUUCACAGCAGAGCAGCUGGAGGAGCUGGAGAGGGCCUUCGAGAGGACUCACUAUCCUGAUAUCUACACCCGGGAGGAGCUCGCACAGAGGGCCAAACUCACAGAAGCCAGGGUUCAGGUUUGGUUCAGCAACCGGCGGGCGAGGUGGAGAAAGCAAGCAGGAGCCAAUCAACUGAUGGCGUUUAAUCACCUCAUUCCUGGAGGUUUCCCACCCACAGCCAUGUCCAGCAUUCCCCCGUACCAGCUCUCUGACAGCACCUACCCCGCCUCAUCGAUAGCACAAGUGUCGGAGCCCCCCAGCACUGUGCAUCGGCCUCAGCCUCUCCCUCCCUCCUCGGGACACCAAUCCUCAGGUGGAGGAGGGCAGGGAGAAGGAGGUUCUGCCUACUGCCUCGCCUCCGGACGCCACUCCUUCUCAGGCUACUCGGACAGCUUUGUGAGCCCCGGAGGACCCGCCAAUCCCAUGAACCCGGCCAUCGGAAACGGACUCUCGCCACAGGUGAUGGGUCUGCUGAACCCAGGUGGUGUGCCACAUCAGCCCCAAAGCGACUACGCCAUCUCCCCUCUGACUGGCGGCCUUGAGCCCCCCGCCGGCAUGGCUGCCAGCUGCAGCCAGCGCAUGGAUCACAUCAAAGGCCUGGAGGGUCUCACCAGCGUUCCCUCAAUGUCAGCUUUGCCAUCGCUGCCCAGCUCCCAGUCCUACUGCACCCCCUCCUACAGCUCACCGGGUUACACCGUCGACCAUGUGGCGUCCUAUCAGUACGGCCAGUACGGACAAACUGCUUCUUCUUCCUCCUUUUGCACAGGUGCCCUUCCUUAUCUGAGGCCUGAGAUCACCUGAUCCUAAGACUCCACAGGGGGAACGUUUGUGUGUACAGCGAUGGAAAUCUUUCAUUAUCUGGACCAAAAUUUUGCUACAAUUUACCAGGACGUGUUCUCCAUCGAUGGAUGAUGUGCUAUUAACUCUUUGAGGAGCAAUGGAAAAUAAAGAAGGGACCACAAGAAGGAGUAUCAGACCAAAAACUGUGAGACUUUGAGCACUGCUGCAUCAUUAGUGUUGGUGCUUAAUGAGGAGUUCUGACCAUCUACAAGGCCGUGAAGAGGCAUUUCUGCAGGCUCUUCCAGUGACCAAACACAAUCUGUGGACUCUAUCUGUUCUCAAAGACUUCAGCCUUUAAUCUUCUGGUUGAAGGAGCCUGUUUACAUUAUUUAAGGGCUACAUGAGUGCAUAUAAAAUCAACAAAUUAAUCCCCAAAUUGUAUCUACAGAAAGGGGAAAAAUAAAAGGGCUUUGUUGAUUUUAAUUCAUUUAUUUUAAGAGGAAUUCCACAGACAGAGAAAACAAACCCAAGCAAACAAAUCAGUGGGUUUUAAUGUGUCCAAAACUCUAAUGUACACCCCAGCUGUACAGCAGAGAGAGUUCCUUCAAACAUUCCUCCUCCCCCUGCUGUCUUUUUCAGUCCUCUCGCCUUUCUGUCUCACUCCUCCUGUCCCAUUGAUGUCCAGGACGGUGAAGCACAGAUCCUGGCCUUUUUGUGUUUUUUAAAAGAGGAACUCAGAGGAGGUCAGGGGGUGACUUUAGGGAAAGUGACAGAUGAGAGAGCAGCAGAAGAGAAGUGGCUUUAAAGAGGAGGGGGAUGGGGUGGGAUAGGCAAGAUCGAUCACAGGGUUAAAAAAACCCUUUAAAGAUCCUCUCCCGGCAAGAAAAAGCCACCAGGUCACAAGUCACGACCGAGAGACACUUGAGAAACAGAGAGACUGAAAGAGUUUAGACUAAAGACAUACUUUCUCCCAGCUGACCAGAAGUGCAAUAUCACAUAUCUCAGAGUCAACCUCUCCUUUAAAACAAUAAAAAAGAAAUCAAACGUGCCUCUUAAAGUCUUACGAAACACUCUGAAUCCACUCUGUGGCUCUUGUUUGAAGCUUUGCAAAGGAGCAACACAUGUGCCUUUGAAGGCUUUGGGUCCAAAACAAAUAUGAAACAUUGUUAAUAUUGCUGUAACAGGACACUGAGGGGAGCGAAUUUGUAAGGUCUUAAGUCACGAGGAAAAGAAUUAAUCAAGGGAACGCCAAUAUAAACAGGAACCAGGAAUGACAAAGCCAAAACUGUGUUUUAUUUUCUAUUUUUUGUGAUGCUUGGGAUCAUUUUUAGAGAAUAUUAAUUUUACACAUUCCGGAUGUAUUUAUUGUCACAAAUGAUCUGUAUGUGAACAAUGUAAAAAUUCCCUCCAGGUGCAAGUGACAAUACUUUAUUCAUCACAUUAUGCCUCAGUGCUCCUGCAUUGUACUUCUGUAGCUGUUCUCACAUGUGCACUCCUGAAAGUUUCUGAUAAAUCUCAGGUGGACUGCCCCUGAAAGCGUGGCUUUCCAUCUAUCACUAUAUCUUUUGAACAGAAGGGUCUCAGGAGAAGACACGGCAUAAAAGACGAUAUAAAAGUGGCAACAAAGUAACAGUCUGAUGUCAGAUGCUGAAAUUAGAAUAUGUAUUUCAUAUCAAUCAGUUCCUUUACAUGCAGCAUGAAAAAGUCAAAUGAUUGAGCUAGUAAACUUGGACUGGACAUACACAUAAACAUGUUAGUCUUACUGAAAUUUAAACUUUAAACACUGAAUUUCUUUAAGUGGACAAACACACCUAGAUAACGUGGUUGGAGAUCUAUUUCCUCAUGCAUGUAUUCAACCGAAUUGGCACCAAACUUGAUGAGGCAUUCUGCGCACGUUUCACAGUUUCUGUGCCUAUCUUGAUCUGGUAGUCAAGUAGCAUAAAGCAUAGCAGAAGUAACUGUCCAAAUGUGUGUUCCUAUUAGCUAGAAGAAUACCGUGCAUUGUAUUUGUACCAGAAUUUAUGCAUCAGACAUACUGAGCAGUUAAGUUGUUAAAAGGAACCCUGCAUGAUCAGACAAGUUAGUCUUGUUGGACAGAUAUCUGUAUGUCUCAAAUGUACGUUAAACUAAAAAACUCACUUAAUAUCCCACAUAUCUGCAUUUUGAGUACAUUUCAGCUCAUAAACUCACCAGGAGACCGCCAUGUUUUCAUCCGCUUCACGGAGUAUGACGUCACGGUUCCGCAGCGCUCCUCUCCGUUGCUAAGCAGUAACUGUUUUUCAGACGGUUUUUCUGCUUGCAGCUGUUGCUGCCAUGAGUUUGCUGCGUGUUGGUUUUGUCUCCCUGCUGUCAAAGCUCUGUCAUUCCUACAAAGUUUUACCUCAAUAAACCUCCGUCAAAUGACUACAUUGAGUGUAUAGUGGAAGUGUGCCUGAAGUUUUUCAAAAUAAAAGUACGGGCUUUUAAUUGGAAAGGUGCAAACCGGUAGUCUUUCGUAUUGUACUUAUCUUUACCUGAACCGUGUGGAAACAGAAAGCCUCAUAAAGAAGAGAAGUUCAGGGAACAACUUUAUUAAAAAGAUGCAUUUUAGCUUGUGGCCUUCAUCUGGUUCAUCAAGAAACAGAUUUCAAACAUUUUCUAUCCAUGUGGAUGUACAUAUUUGCUACAACAAGCUAAAUAUGGCUCUGUAUUUAUAGUUUUCCUGUCUAGAUAGAUAACCGUGAAAAUAUAAUAUAGAAGGGGCCCUAUAAUUUUAGAAUUCUCCAUGCAUGAGACGUGCUGCGUUUCUGAGAUGCAGCUCUAACAGUGGCUGCCAGUCUGAAACAGGUUACUGCAUAGGAUCACCGCGGAACUGUGACGUCACGGCGCCUGGGCGGACCAAAUAGGACUAAAACGUGGUGGUUUCCUGGUGAAUUUGUAAACUCAAAUGACUCAAAAUGCAGAUAUCUUGUGAGUUUUUUGGUUCGAUAUGUAUAUGAGAGAUACAAAUAUCUAUCCAACAAGAUGAACUUGUCUGAUCAUGCAGGGUUCCUUUUAAUGUUUGCCUCUUGCUAUCCUCUUAGCAAGGCCAAGUUGUCGAAGUAGCGGCCAGACACACUGUAAAUUUUGGAAUAUUAGUCGGCCCGGUAUACAUGCCACAGUCUGUUUUAUUGAGUCUCAUAAAGAGAAGUAUUAAGUACCAUCUGUGUUUGCCAUAUGGAGUUUGAGCAUCCACUGAAGACAGUCUGGCUACAGACCGUACAUCUCUGAUGGCCACUCUUACAGACCGUUCAUUAGAGUCGCUGUCUCUUUCAGAAGCUGAUACAACGUAUUUAUAGUUUAAGAGGUUUUUUUUUUGAAAACCAACUUUAUUCAUAAACAAUAUCUGGUUGUUACAUCCAUGCUAUAAUAAUAGCAAACAUUACAGACCAAGAAACAUUUCAUAAAUAAAACAGAAAAAGAUCAGAUUCCAUUAUGCAAAGAAGUAUUUACAUGAACAGUGCCUUAAUUGGCUUUGACUAAAGCUAACAUAGCUAUGUUAGCUACAUAAUUAAUGUUACUACACAGUCAAUGUAGUUAGCUUUAGCUAUGAGAGCUUGAGCAAAUUUAGCUAAAGCUAACGUUGCUGCAUGGAUAAUGUGGAUGCUUUGUGAGGUUAGCUUUAGCUACUUUAUGCAGUUAAUGCAGCUAUAAGAGCUACAUUGUCUGUAUUUUUCAAGUGUCUAAGAGUGUUUUUAUGGAGGACGAGCUUUUUUCCUGUAAGCAAACUGUUUAAUCAGCUUUAUUAGACAUUUUGUUAUCGGGUUUUGCAGGCCAGGUUUUUACCUUACCCUAAUCGUUACCUUUACCGUAACCCUAAAUAGAAGUUAAAUCAUUUAGAAGGUUUUUGCAUGUAUUUCUGAUCUGACAGAGAUGGUGUCUCAGAUGAAGUCCGUGGUGGUUGCUGUCAGAGAUGUACAGUCUGCAGACAGACCCCUAUCCAUCUACUAGAAAAGUUCAGUUGCUGAGUGUUGAUAGCCUGAAAGCCCACUGUCCUCCUCUGCCUUGUCCCACAAGGAGGAGUGCUUCCAGUCAAAUCAGCACUCCAAAAUUUAUUCUCUUAACAAUUUACUUUCUGUUCUCUUAAAAUGCAAAAUCAUCAAAUCAAACCAUCUUUAUUUAUAUAGCAAUUUACACACAACACAGUUGAUCCAAAGUGCUUUACAGAUACAGACAUUAAAAGAAAUACAAGAAGCAGAAGAAAAUAAGUCAAAUUUAAAAGCGAUAAAAAGUAACAACUGCUCAUAAUAGUAAUUAUUAUGACAAACAACAAUUAUGAUCACAAUAUAAAACAAUUUUAGGAAAAAAAAGCCAGGGAAUGAUACAGUCAGGGACAGUUAAAAGCCAAUGAGUAAAAAUGAGUUUUAAGAUGGCUCUUGAAAAUCUCAGUAUUUGCAGAGAAUCGGAACUAACAAGGAUGAAAAGCGGUUAAAAAGUGGCACCAACUACUGCCAGCCUGGUCUGUCAUAAUGUAUUCCAGCAUGUUCUGAGCAGCGUAACAGCUGCAUUCAUUGUGCUGCUGUUCACAAUGAAUGGGGUGAAUUUCAGAAAGUUAGGUCUUGUGCAGUGUGUGACAGUAGCAGCUGCAUUCAUUUGGACAAUAAUAGUAAUGCAUACUGGUAUACUGGUUGCAUUGGAUUCAGUGUAUAGGACACAGCCAACUUUCUAGCUGAAAGAUGGCAUUAAAACUGAGUGUACACCAGAUUUUACAGAACUGCUGUAAAAAAUGGAGUCAUGCUAGUUUCUUGUGGGAUAAGGACAGCUGAAUCAAGCUUAACUCUAAUAAAUGUCAUCGCCUCUUCUCAUUCGUGGUGAUCCUCCUGGUUAAAUCUUUCUGCAGAUCAUCUCACUCAGACUUCAUGGGGAAAAUUACUACAUAGGGCUGGCAGAAGAAACUCCAGAUGAAAUCCAAGUGAAAAAUUUGCAGCUCACCAUGAAAACUUCAGGAGAUUUUCAGGAGUUUUGUACAAGUGUGAAAAUGGUUAGAAAAGACAGUCUUUUCAGUCCUUUGAUAUAUAUUUUUUGUAUUAUUUGACAAAGCGAUAUCACAUAACAUCAUGUGUACAAGCGCAUUAUCAUUUCUAUUUAUAAUAAAAACUCUGAAAACACCA